UUCACAAUGUCUCAGCCUUCAAAUCGGCCUCCAGAAACUGAUGGACCAAAGGUGGCCCUGCGGGCAGCCUUCUUCGUCACUCUUACUGCAGUGAUUCUGAUCGUGCCAGCAGAGCCUCUCCAUUUAGGAGAACUUCUAGUCGAUAAAAACGUUGUCAGAGAAGGAGACACGGUCUCUUUUAAAUGUCGAACAAACUCACAGAACUCAGCAGUCAACAACUUAGUUCACCUGUACAGAAACGGUGAGAAAGUGGAAAUAGAGCCAAGCGGCAUAGAGCUGGGUAUUACCACCUUCAAGCUGAAGGGCAUCACAAUGGCACAAGCGGGCAACUACACGUGCUUCUAUGGGACAAUGACACCGGAGAACAUGAGAGUCACUGAGACAAACAACUUGGUCAGCCUGACGGUCAUAGAAUAUUUGCUCGUCCUGCAAGCAGAUAUAAAGAAUCUGGCCACAGGUCUGGCAGAUGUGACCUUCAAAUGCUUCUUUUCCAACUUGAAGAAAAUGUCAAAGGGCUCCUUUGAGCUGCACAGGAAUGGAGCGCUGAUCAGCACCCAGCGUAUGAAUGGCAAACCUGGCGUUGAUUUUAUCCUUAAGGGAAUUAACGUGACAAGUUCUGAACAAUACGUGUGCAUGUGCAGAACAGAGGAUGAUUUUGCUUUGCGGAGUCCAACUUUUUCCUUUCAAGGGCCAAACAAUGCAGAAGAAUCAUCAACAAGACAAAAGAACCAAUUGACAGAGAAGGCCACUUCUGGCUAUGCUGUGAGGCACACACUGACCAUCCUGGUCAUCCUCCUGUUGCUUUGUAUUAUGUCAGAAGCCUAUGGAGCCCAUGUGUAUUUUGCAGAGAAGUUCUUAAAAUGUCAGACUUGGUUUUUAUCCCCGAAUACCCCACAAUUCAACCAUGGAGACAAUUUAUAAGACUGACUUGAAGCCUUUUGGUAAUAUGAUAUGUGUUGUUAUUUGUAUCCACCUACCCAUCCAUAAAACUGCACAUCCAUUCAUCAUUUAGCUUAUCUUCAUGGGUAAGUGGACCACAGCCUGACAGCAAAGCAGCCCCAGUGUGGGCAGCAGUACAACACACGCUCACCAAUCUGCCAUAGGGUAAUAUAUUUUGUAAGCAGGAGUCCCAGAUAUGGCAAAAGGGUGUGAGGUCUCCAAGUGCUCCACAAAAGUCUUUACAGGUCUCCUUUGUCUGUUUGGAAAAGGCCAUAUGACAAUGAGACUUAAUCCCACCUCUAAUGGCCUACCCUCAGGCCUAAAAGGGAUUUCAGCCUCAAAACAAACUUACUUAAGUCAAAAUCUGGCUAAAAGCCCCACAAGAAGAAGAAUGACCAUGAAUAUAUCCCUCAUAUACAAGAAUGGCAGCAAACUCUUUAUAAAUAAGGGGUUUAUUAGAAAGAACUAGGCUGACCCGCCUUUUAAGGCGAUCGACUUUUAAGUUGACCACUU